GGAAAUGAUUAAGGAAAAAAAUGCCGCGGCGAAAUUUCUGACGUGGCAAACCACGUGGCUAAAUGAGAGCCGGCAAGGGAUUUUACGACCAGAACGCACCGUAUUAAGCCAAAAAAUCUAGAACCAGGAACAGGAAAGUUGUUUUCAAACCUGUGAUUCUCCGCUUCGUUGUCAAAGCUAGUUGUCUAUAGCACAGCAGGUGUCGGAAUUGUGAGGUUGAUUAAAUCUGUUUGGUUGUCGAUAUCACAUUGGCAAAUUUUUAAGUGUUACUGAGUAGUGUUCUGAUCUUUCGUGACUGCUGGCACCUUCUAGCAUUUCAGUUUCAGUUUGGCAAUGGCUGUUGCUGGUUCCUUGCAAAUGUCCCACUAUUUGGGACUUUGCAAGAGCCAGAGGCACAAGGAAAAAUAUAAGAGUAUUCCAAGUGGGGACAAGCUACCAUUAUUGAAUAGCACACUCUCAUCACGUGCAUCGUUUCAGCAAUGGGAUUCAUGGAGUAUUCGUUUAUCGGACAAUUCAUGCAGACCCAUAUGCCCUGUGUCGUAUAGAAGUAAUGCCUUUAGGUGUCAUUCUUUUCUAGUUCCAGGCCAAACAUUUCAACUUCCUGGCAUGAAGGCCACUUCCUUGGCAUUGACAGGGUCAUAUAAUGCUUUACAAAGCAGUCCUGUCGUAUUGAAGUUGGUUCCUGCAAUUGCUGUUAUCAUACUUGCUAUAUGGGGACUGGGGCCACUCAUGCGUCAAAGCAGAAAUUUGCUACUAAAUAAGAAUGAUAACAGUUGGAAAAAGAGUGGCACAUAUUAUGUUAUGACCUCUUAUGUUCAACCUUUGUUGCUGUGGACUGGUGCAACACUGAUAUGCAGAGCGCUGGAUCCUGUUAUUCUGCCUACAGAAGCUAGCCAAGUUGUUAAGCAAAGGCUUUUGUAUUUUGUAAGAUCAUUAUCGACCGUGCUGGCUUUUGCCUAUUGUUUAUCAAGUGUGAUUCAACAAGCUCAGAAGUUCUUCAUGGAGUCUAAUGAGCCCAGUGAUCCAAGAAAUAUGGGAUUCCAAUUUGCAGGGAAAGCUGUAUACUCUGCAGUGUGGGUAGCUGCUGUUUCACUUUUCAUGGAGUUGCUGGGUUUCUCUACCCAAAAGUGGCUCACUGCUGGGGGUCUUGGGACAGUUUUGCUGACCCUUGCUGGCCGUGAGAUAUUCACAAAUUUCCUCUCAAGUGCAAUGAUUCAUGCAACUCGACCCUUCGUUGUGAAUGAAUGGAUUCAAACAAAGAUCGAAGGCUAUGAAGUUUCUGGUACUGUUGAGCAUGUGGGUUGGUGGUCGCCAACAAUUGUAAGAGGUGAAGAUCGUGAAGCAGUUCAUAUUCCAAAUCACAAGUUCACUGUGAAUGUUGUGAGAAAUCUCAGUCAAAAAUCUCAUUGGCGUAUUAAAACCCACCUGGCCAUUAGUCACUUGGACGUUCAUAAGAUCAAUAAUAUUGUCGCUGAUAUGCGCAAAGUCUUGGCUAAGAAUCCUCAAGUUGAACAGCAGAGGUUGCAUAGAAGAGUAUUUUUGGAUAAUAUCAAUCCUGAAAAUCAGGCUCUCCUGAUUUUGGUAUCGUGUUUUGUGAAGACCUCACAUUAUGAAGAAUACCUGUGUGUUAAGGAAGCUAUAAUGUUGGACCUUCUAAGAGUCAUCAGCCAUCACCGUGCUAGACUUGCCACGCCAAUUCGAACUGUUCAGAAGAUAUAUAGUGAUGCCGAUUUGGAAAAUAUUCCAUUUGCAGAUUCUACCUAUAACCGAGGUGGAAUGGCAUCCAACCGUCCUUUGCUAUUAAUUGAACCUUCUUACAGAAUCAAUGGAGAAGAGAAGACAAAAUCUCAAGCUCGUUCUGGACGAGGAAUUGGAGACCAAGAAAAUAGGGCUGCAUCAAGGUCUACAUCUGAGACCAAAACAGGAGGCAGCCCAAAGACAGACCCCAAGUCUACAUCUGACAUCAAAACAGGAGGUAGCCCAAAGUCAGACCCCAAGGCCAAAGAAACACCAAAAUCUGAAACUAAGGUGGAUGCCAGAAUCCGUGAGACACCAAAUUCCAAUGCCAAGGAGCGCACAGAAGCUGCAAUGACAUCCACCUCUGAUCCCAAAGUAGGUGAUAAAAUGCCAGUGAAAUCAUCGCCUAAUUCUGUCCCCAAGACAUCAAACUUUGCAGAAGCAUCAAGUUCUGAAUUGAAAGCAGCAGGCUUUGUUUCCAAUAAUGUGCCGCAAAACAAAGAGAUCUACGACAGCAAGCAGCCUAAGAGUGUGAGUCCUGGGAAUACAGGACAGAAUAGCCGGUUUGAUAAUCCUUCGGUUUCCUUAACAGCAGCUGGUGCUGACAAAGCAAGUGGAUUGCAGCAGUCUUCCAAAUUGAAACAGGGUGCUGAGAGACAAUCAGUCACUCAGCCAUCAGUGUCAAGACCUGCAUUAGAGGAAAAUCUUGUUCUUGGUGUUGCUUUGCAGGGCUCAAAGAGAACCCUUCCCAUUGAGGAGGGCAUGGCUUCCCAUUUGACUCUAGAAGAGGCAAAGGAAAUGGCUGCUGCAGGCAGAAAUGGAGCUGCAUCUCCAACUGGUGAGAAGGAUAGGAAAGAUGGUCAAAGUCCAACCCCUCCUAGUUCUACAUCUGCCGACCAGUGAAAAUUACAUGAAUUGAUCUUUGCCGAUAUGCCAACUUUUGCCCCUCUGAACUGCUAACUUCUUGUUCUUGAACCUCCACUUCAAAGCUUUUUCAUACAUUGUACAAGUUCUACUCUUCAUGAUUAGUGCAGGACGUUGCCGAUACAGCAUAUAGAAAUGCACCAUUUUCUAAGCUUCGAAUGAUAUUAUUGGUAAAUUAAUCAGUUGAAGAC